AUGUCCCCAGCUCAUCGACGAACGAAAUCAUCCGGCCCUGCACCUCCAGCUAAGACACUCGUCCUUGAUAAUGGCGCCUAUACCAUCAAAGCAGGCUUCUCUGGACCGGGUAUCAAAACACCAACACCGUCCAUAAUACCCAACUGUCUGGCCCGCGAUCGUGAUAAGAAAGUAUACAUAGGAUCCUCGUUAUCAGCCUGCAAAGACUUCAGCGAGAUCGUUUUUCGGAGACCAGUGGAGAAAGGGUAUCUGGUGAAUUGGGAAGCGCAGAAGGAGAUCUGGGAGCACGAAUUCUUUGAUGCGAAAGCGCCUCUACACUGCGAUCCCAAGGAGACUGGAUUGAUAUUGGCCGAGGCUCCAAAUACUCUGCCCGCCCUGCAAACUUUCUGCGAUCAAGUUGUGUUCGAAGAAUUUGGCUUUGCCAGAUAUCUUAGAUGUCUAGGGCCUCAACUUAAUGCCUACAAUGACAUCCAAUCUAUCUUCAAACCUCCAGCUCGCUCACCGGACCUCACAUCGAUUCCUCCCGCCGAAAUCCUCAUGCUCGUCGAUAGCUCUUACUCCCAUACGACUGUCACCCCUCUCCUUCUUGGCCGGCCCAUACAACCAGCCAUCCGAAGACUCGAUGUUGGGGGAAAACUCCUUACAAAUUACCUCACUCGACUGCUUUCUCUCCGACAAUAUGAUAUGCGGAAUGAUACCUACCUUGUCAAUGAAAUAAAGGAGGCCACAUGCUACGUCUCGAAGGAUUUCAAGGCAGAUAUGGAACAGACAUGGAAAGGCCCCAAAGGGGAUCGCAGAGCAACAUACGAAACUGGUGGCGGAAUAGCGAAAGAUUACGUUCUGCCAGAUUACCAUGCUCUUACGAAAGGCUUUGUGCGAGACCACGAUCCUGAUGCCGCCACGAAGCUCAAGGAGCUGACAAAGGGGAAACCGAUUGGUGCAUCAGAAGAUGUUCUCACCCUCCGAAACGAGCGUUUUACGGUGCCAGAACUUCUCUUCAAUCCUUCCGAUAUUGGACUACGGCAAAGUGGUAUUGCCCAGCAAAUACUGGACAGCCUUUCUACAGUUCCGAUGGGACUGUGGCCAGGAUUCCUCGCAAAUAUCAUUGUUGUGGGAGGCAAUGCAAACAUUGAAGGGUUUAUUAUCAGACUCCAGAUGGAGAUGAGGGCUUUGGCGCCGGCUGAAUGUUUUGUUCGAGUCGCCAAAGCCAUCGAUCCGAUUGUGAGCACAUGGCAAGGAGGAGCGUAUCUCGCCAGGGACGAAGACCAGCUGGCUUCUUUGAGUGUUACGAAAGAGCAGUACGAAGAAUAUGGGAGUGCAUGGGUUGCAAGGAAGUUUGGUGGGAGAUGA